CAGUAUUAUUUAUCGCCAAAAAUGACAUGGAUUUACACACAUAACUGAGGUUAAUUGCCUUUUCAUCCCAAAGUACAACAAUGAUUUCUGUCUUACCGGGGGACGUUUGAAAAGUCUAGACUUUUUCUUUAAGGUUAAAGAGGGAUGUUAAAUAUGUCUGAUUUAUCUGAUACCGAUCGAGAACGUAUCGGGAAACUAUUCAGCGAUUUAGAUAUAGAUAAAGACGGUCGUAUCAGUGUUACUGAACUUAGUCGUGUCAUAAAAGGAAGCAAAGAUGAAUCAGAUACUAAAAACAAAACAGCUAAGAAAAUUAUGACCAAAGGAGAUGUGGACAAAGAUGAAACACUUACAUUUCAAGAGUUUCUUUCUUACAUUAAUGACACUGAAACUCAUUUGAAACUCGCGUUUAAAGAAAUUGAUCAGAACAGUGAUGAUCGAAUAGACGCUAGCGAAAUCCAGUCAGCCAUGAAAAGACUUGGUGCUAAUGUGAGCGAAGCUGAUGCACAGAAGUUGCUUAAGCGUAUAGAUAAGGACGGUUCCUUAGACAUUGAUUAUAAAGAAUGGAGAGACUUUUUGCUAUUUAGUGGGACUUCAAAGAUUGAUGAAAUAUUUAGAUAUUGGCGACAUGCAUCAGCCAUUGACAUAGGUGAAAAUAUGUGUGUUCCGGAUGAUUUCACAGAAGAAGAAAAGAAAUCGGGAGAUGCUUGGAAAACAUUGGUCUCAGGAGGUAUUGCUGGUUGCAUCUCUAGAACUGUAACGGCGCCUUUGGACCGCAUUAAAUUAACAUGGCAAGCACUUGGAAGUAAGGCUUCCGAAGUAGGUUUAUUGGGAACAGUCAAUAAAAUGAUUAAAGAAGGUGGGGUAACAGCAUUAUGGCGUGGAAAUGGUGUUAACUGUUUAAAGAUUGCUCCAGAAUCAGCAAUUAAAUUUCAGGCUUAUGAAGUUUACAAGUGCUGGCUAAAUGAAUCAUUUGGUAGCAAUCCAGAUGGAAGUCUUCAACUACAUACUAAAUUCUUAGCCGGUUCAUUGGCUGGUGCAACUUCUCAAAGUAUUAUAUAUCCUAUGGAGGUACUGAAAACACGAAUGUGCUUGCGCAAAAGUGGACAGUACUCGUCAAUAUUUGACUGUGCUCGAAAGUUAUAUCAUAGUAAUGGUAUUACUAUAUUCUAUCGUGGCUAUGUGCCUAAUAUACUGGGUAUUCUGCCGUAUGCUGGAAUAGAAUUGGCUAUGUUUGAAACAUUUAAACAAUCAUAUUCUAAAGCAUUUUAUCGAAGGAUGAGAAGUCUCAAAAUAUACCUCCACCAGUCUAUGUUUCUGUUGUAGCCGGUGCUCUUUCAUCAUUAUGUGGUCAGUUAGGCACGUAUCCAUUGGCGUUAGUUCGGACAAAACUUCAGGCACAGGCAUCUUCAGAAAAAACUGGAUUAUUAAAGAUUGUCAAAAAUAUUGUGGAACAUGAAGGUAUACCAGGUUUAUUUAGAGGAUUAGGGCCAAAUAUUCUUAAAGUUCUACCGGCUGUUAGUGUUUCGUAUGCAUGUUACGAUCAAAUUAAAGCAUUUCUACAAGUUUCAAAAUAAAUCUCUAUACCAUUUUAUUUGUCUAAAUGUUAGAUCCUGACCAUUUUAAAAAUCACGUUUGUAUUCUAUCUAUAAAAUACAUUCGGAUUUCCGAAAACUUAUUUAUGUUCACUGUUUAAUUAAUGGAUGCAAAUACUCUUAUUUUUUUGUUGUUGUUUAAUUAAUCGCUUUAUAUUUUAUCAGAAGAUAAAUGUCAAUUAAUUGUAAUGAAGCAUAUUUUAUUUUUGAAUGAUAUAUAUAGCUUAUUUCUUUUAAUGUGAUGUUAUUGUUUCAACAUUGAAAUUUGAAAUGUGAUUUGUAUCCUAUUUUAGUCCAUGAUUAUCAUCAUCUUUCUGAAUGUUUUUAUUUUCAUCAGCAAUAAGAAAUGGAUAUAUUUUGUAUGCACAUAUAUAUUAGUCUUCUGGUACUUAGACACUUGCUAACUUUUUUCUAAGAUGUUUUACUUUUCCUUUUUUUCCGCUAACAUUCAUCAUUAAUUUCUCUAAUCGAUUUUCAACAUAUCGCAUACAUCUUUAAGAUCUCUCUUGUCAGCAUAAUGGAUUAUUUCGUCUAAAAUGUUUAUUUUUGCUGUUGCUUAAAUUCGUAUUUUGAAUACACUUUUUAUAAUCUUUCUUACUUUAUAUAUCGUUCUGUAUAAAUCAAUUAGUUAUUUGGUUUUUACAGUUUUGGAAUGGAAUUGAAGGACUAAAUCAAAAUAAAUUCUCGUUUUCAUAUGAUUACCUGAAGUUUUUCUAAUCACUCAUCAUUCAAAGAUAUUAUUUCAUCACUACUUUUAUUUACUUAUCGUUCUGCAGCCACAAUGACUUUUGGUUUAAAACUCAGCUUCCGACCAUUGGAUCGGCAUUUCAACAUCCUCAACUGGUCAGCAUCAUUAGCUGUCAAACAAUGUAUAGUUUGAAGGCAAGUACAUAAACUAGUUAGUUUCAUAUGUGGAUUUCUUCAUUCACACAGAAUCGUGUAUCAAUAAUAAUUAUUCAUAUUACUCCAAUAUUGUAUCUACUUCAUUAUUGGGAUAAACGACUGAAACAAUUCCAAAUUUCAUUUGGUAAUAGUAUAAUCUAACUUUCUCAGACGAUAGUCAAAUCCCGAAAUUUUAACUAACGUAAAAUGUUCAUUAAUUUUAUGAAAGUUGGUCCUAUGUUGUUUAAUUAAUUGAUGUAUGUACAGGUUCUC